AUGGCGCCAGAAUCAUCAACUCAGACGGACGUGGAGCGGAAUGCGCCAUCUCCCUCGAACCCAACCUUCCCUUCUAACGCGCAACACCCGGCUCAAACAUUCGCUCAACAGCAACAAGAACAGCAACAGCAGCCUGGCUUCCAGCAGGACCCUCGUAGUUAUGGUCCGCCAUAUGCUCCCUACCCGCAACCAGCGGGUACUGCUGCCACGGGCGCUAACCAGCAAUGGGCGCCACCUCGAGUUGAAGAGCCAAAGGCUUGGAUGAUUACUAAGUUGACUCUUCAUGGGCUCAACAUUCUUAGCUGUGUUAUCGGUCUGGGACUCACUGGCGCGCUCCGAAGCGUUCAGACACUUGGGUUGAUUGCCCUUGGUGCUUGCCCAAUCUUUGUUGUUGCUAUGAUUUGGAGUAUCGCCGAGAUUCUUACCCGCUUCGGUCGUAAAUGGAAGGCUGGCAUCCACCCAGGUGCUCAUGUCGCCGUCUCUCUUCUCAUCUGGCUUGGCGCCGCGGUCGUUGGUGGUCUCGAGAGCACCCUUAGCUCAUACUACAGUUCAUUCGACUACCUCGACGAAGACUGUGAAUACGAUCCCGACGUACGACGAUAUGUUUGCACAAGCAGUGACAAGGUUUCCAGCAAGCGAGCCCUGUUCGUUGCUCUAUCGGUGUUUACCUGCCUCGUCUGGCUUUGGCACUUUAUUCUCUUUGUUGGCGCCUGUAUCGACACGCAGAAGAGGAAUGCAGCUAUGCGAAAGCCUGUCACUAUGGUGUUCGGUGGACCGGGUUAUUGGGUUCCUGGAGCGCAGGGUUUCCAGCAGAUGCCGCAGUACUACGGACCUCCCCAGGGACAGAGCAUCCCCAUGCAGCACUGGGCACCGCCCCCAACUGAGGGCGGAAAUGGAAAAGAGCCCAUGACUAUGGCUCAGCCUGCAGCCCAACGCUAUGCUUAA